AUGGCUGACGACACAGAGACUAAGCAUGGAGGAAGCAAGAAUGGAAAGAAAGAAGGCCUCUCUGGAAGCUCAUUUUUCACCUGGUUUAUGGUAAUUGCUUUGCUGGGAGUUUGGACAUCAGUAGCAGUUGUCUGGUUUGAACUUGUAGAUUAUGAAGAAGUUCUAGCCAAAGCAAAGGAUUUCCGUUAUAACUUGUCAGAGGUCCUACAAGGCAAGCUUGGGAUAUAUGAUGCUGACGGAGAUGGAGAUUUUGAUGUGGAAGAUGCUAAAGUAUUGCUAGGCCUUAAAGAAAGAUCUGUCCCAGCACAGCCAGCAUCACAAGAAGCUGAGGAGACUGUCCAGCCUGCUGAGAAGUCCUAUGUUGAAUCAGAGCACAAGACGGCUGAGAUAGAAUUGGAAGAGGAAAUUCCGUCUGUUCUUCAUGAAGCUCUCCAUUCCCAGCCUGGAGAGAGACAUGAAGAUGUAGAUGAAAGUAUAAGUGACCAGUGGCAAGUGAAGGAAGAAACACAUGGAGAAUCUUUUGAAGCUCCUACAACAGAUGACACGCUCAGAGAAUUAGAGAAUGAAAUUCCAGAAGCGUAUGAGACACCAGACUCGGUUCUGAAAGAUGCUGAUCUUUUGGCAGAUGAUCUUGGAGCAGUGGAAUCUGAAUCAUAUGAAGUUCCAGGUGACUCUGAGGUAAUGCUAGAAGAUGCUGUGGAACAUUACACAGAACCAAAACAUGAAAAGCAGACUGAGACUCAAGAUACAGCUGUGGAGGACCUUCAGGAGGAGGUGAAUGAAGCCACAGAGCCAGAUGAAAUUAAUGAAGAUUUUGAUAUUGCUAAAGAUCUCUCAGUUACAAUAGAAAGUAAACAAACAGAAGAUGAUGUGGCCAUUGAACCAGAGGAAUCAGAAAUACCUGUUCAAGCUGAGGAUUAUUCAAAGGAUGAUCGAGUAGGGAAGAAUGAAAAAGAAACUGAACACGACAAAACAGAAAAAGGUAAGUCUGAAAGUAAAAAGAAGAAGCCAAAGCUCUUAAACAAGUUUGAUAAGACCAUUAAAUCUGAACUAGAUGCUGCAGAAAAACUACGUAAAAAAGGAAAAGUCGAAGAAGCUCUAAGGGCCUUUGAAGCAUUAGUGAAUCAAUAUCCACAAAGUCCUCGAGCAAGAUAUGGGAAAGCACAGGCUGAGGAUGACUUAGCUGAGAAAAUGAGAAGCAAUGAGAUGCUGCAACAAGCUAUCAACACCUAUGAUGAGGUGGUUAGUCUGCCAAAUGUCCCUUCAGAUCUGAUAAAACUGAGUUUGAAGCGAGAAGCAGACAGGCAGCAGUUCCUUGGUCGCAUGAGAGGUUCACUGGUUACUCUACAGAAAUUAGUUCAGCUGUUUCCCAGUGAUACUUCGUUCAAGAAUGACCUUGGUGUUGGUUACCUCUUGAUAGGAGAUAACAGCAAUGCAAAGAAAGUAUAUGAAGAGGUUCUAAAUCUGGCUCCAAAUGAUGGGUUUGCCAAAGUACAUUAUGGCUUCAUCCUGAAGGCAGAAAACAAGAUAGCAGAGAGCAUACCCUAUCUACAGGAAGGAAUAGAGUCUGGUGACCCUGGCACAGAUGAUGGACGUUUUUAUUUUCAUCUGGGUGAUGCCUUACAGAGAAUGGGAGACAAAGAGGCAUACAAGUGGUAUGAACUUGGAUACCAGAGAGGUCACUUUGCAUCCGUUUGGCAGCGCUCCCUCUACAAUGUCAAGGGACUGAAAGCUCAGCCUUGGUGGACAGCAAAGGAAACUGGUUAUACGGAACUGGUGAAGUCCUUAGAGAAAAACUGGAAGCUCAUUCGGGAUGAGGGACUUGCUGUGAUGGACAAAAAAAGUAGCCUCUUCCUGCCUGAAGAUGAGAACCUACGAGAAAAAGGAGACUGGAGCCAGUUUACCUUAUGGCAACAAGGAAGAAAAAAUGAAAAUGCUUGUAAAAGUGUUCCGAAAACAUGUGCUCUACUGGAAAGAUUCCCGGAAGCUACUGGCUGCAGAAGAGGGCAGAUCAAGUAUUCUAUCAUGCACCCAGGGACUCAUGUCUGGCCCCAUACAGGGCCCACCAAUUGCCGGCUGAGGAUGCAUUUGGGCUUGGUGAUACCUAAGGAAGGCUGCAGAAUACGGUGUGCCCAAGAGAACAGAGCCUGGGAAGAAGGGAAAGUUCUUAUUUUUGAUGACUCUUUUGAACAUGAAGUAUGGCAGGAUGCUGAAAGUUAUCGCCUGAUAUUCAUUGUGGAUGUGUGGCACCCCGAGUUAACGGCACAGCAGAGACGCACCCUUCCUGCUAUUUAAGGGGUUCCUUCUGAUGUGUGGAGUGAAGGAUCUUUAACCCCUUUGGAGUAUGCAAAUAGGAUUAAUUUAUCCAGCAUACGAAGUAUACAAGUGUUUUAAUGGUAAGAAGAGAUAAAGUUGACAGUCUGCAAUCAGAGAGGACUUGAUUUUAAAAAAAAAAGGAAAAAAAGGAAAAAAAAAA